AUGGUUCACGACGUCGUUAAUAAUAAUGAGGUUAAUGGAUCACGACGGUUUCAUUUUGGAAUUUUAGCUCUCCAAGGGGCCUUUCAAGAACACAUACACAUGUUACAAAACAUACCACAAGUCUCUUCCGCUACACCGAUACGCAAAGUAGAACAAUUAGCAACGAUUGAUGCUUUAAUAAUACCCGGUGGUGAAUCUACCACAAUGGCUUUGGUAGCCGAACGUAGUGGGUUGAUGGAACCCCUUCGUGAAUUCGUUCGUAGUGGAAAACCUACUUGGGGUACUUGUGCUGGUAUGAUCUUGUUGGCUAAUGAAGCUAAUAAAACCAAAAAAGGUGGUCAAAGUUUGAUAGGUGGAUUAGAUAUAACGAUCGAUUCAUUUGAAUCAACAUUACGUAUCGAACACGUUACAACUUCAUCGGAUGAUUUAUUUCCUGCCGUUUUUAUUCGUGCACCAAUUAUUUCUUCAAUUAAUAAUCCAGAUAUAGAAGUACUUGCACGAUUGGAAUAUAAUGUUGAUGAAACUGAUAUUUCAUCGAUUGUAGCUGUCAAACAAGAUAAUCUUUUGGCUACAGCUUUUCAUCCUGAAUUAACGAAUGAUGACCGUAUACAUAAAUAUUUUGUACAAAUCACCCAAGAUUAUUAUUACUCCGGAAAGAAAGAAAAAUAG